CUCACUUUGCUUUUCCUUAACUUAUUCUGAAACUGGGUUUGAUUUCACAACCUUCACUUCACUUCAAUUCUCUGUCUUGUUACUCUCUCUCUCUCUCUCUCUGCAUAUGUCGGUGGAUUGGUGUGAGCGAAGAUGUUCAGAUGGAGGAGUGAGAGAAACAAGGUCAAAGCUGUUUUCAAACUCCAGUUCCAUGUCACUCAGAUUCUGCAAUCUGGGGUGGAUGCUUUGGUGCUCUCUAUAGUUCCUGGUGACAUUGGAAAACCAACUACGAGGUUAGAGAAAGCUACAGUUCGUGGUGGAAUUUGUAGAUGGGAGAAUCCUGUCUACGAAACAGUCAAGUUUAUUCAGGAGCCUAAGACUGGGAAAUUCAGUGAGAGAAUAUAUCAUUUUGUGGUUUCAACGGGAUUAUCCAAAGCUAGCUCCUUUGGGGAAGUUUCUAUAGACUUUGCUGAUUAUGCAGAGGCUACAAAGCUCUCUUCUCUCUCUUUUCCCAUCAAGAAUUCUCAUUGUGAUGCUGUCUUGCAUGUAUCAAUCCAGAGACUACAAGAAAAUAAUGAUAAAAGAGAAGAAGAGGAAUGUGAAGAUGCCAAACUAAAAGCCCAUGAUAGGAGCCUGAGGACCUAUUUAAGCAAUGGCGAUACAAAUGAAAGCACUAAAAGUGAUUCUUCUGAAGACGUGUCGGCGAAAGCAAACACCAAUAGAGCUGAAUUGAGUGCUGAAUGUAGGACAUCUAGUGGAUCUGACAUUACAUUGUCAAGUUCUGAUGGCAGCUCUGGACUUGAUACUCCCAGAGCACUUGGACCGAGAAAUACUAGCAUCCACCCUAACACAAAUGGUUUUCUUUCAGAUGUGAGCCACAUUUCUGAGCCUCAAAAACCUGCUGUAAAUACCUCAGCAUCAAUGUAUGAUGUCCAUCAGAGAUCAAACUGGGACUGGUCUGCUGGUUCAGAACACGGUUUGAGUACAGACGAUUCAACAAACUGUUCUCAGGAUGCACUUCCUAGGGAAAGAUCCAAUCAGGCAUCUGAUAUGGAGAUUGAAAGACUCAAGGCUGAACUUGCUGCUUUGGCUAGGCAGGUGAAUGUGUCCGACUUGGAAUUACAAACUCUUAGGAAGCAAAUUGUAAAGGAAAGCAAAAGAGGACAGGAGCUCUCAAAGGAAAUCAUUAGCUUGAAAGACGAAAGAGAUGCACUCAAGACAGAAUGUGACAGUCACAGGUCUUUUCACAAGCGAAUGGAUGAGGCCAAAGUGAGUAACAGGUCACAAUUGGAAAGUGGGGAUCUUCGUACCCUUGUUGAAGAAAUCAGACAAGAAUUGAAUUAUGAGAAGGAGCUGAAUGCAAAUCUUCGAUUACAGUUAAAGAAGACACAAGAAUCAAACUCUGAACUAGUUCUUGCUGUGCAGGAUCUGGAUGAAAUGUUGGAGGAGAAAAAUAAGGAAAUAUGUAGUCUUUCCAGUAAACAUGAAGAGAGUAAAAGCUCCCAUGAGCUAGGGGGAAACCUCCCUAAUUGUGAAACAGAUGACGAUGAAGAACAGAAAGAAUUGGAUGAGCUUGUUAAGGAGCACAGCAAUGCCAAGGAGACACACUUACUUGAGCAAAAAAUUAUGGAUCUCUAUGGUGAGGUAGAGAUGUAUAGGAGAGACAAAGAUGACUUAGAGAUGCAGAUUGAGCAGCUUGCACUAGACUAUGAGAUAUUGAAACAGGAAAACCAUGACAUUGCAUACAAGCUGGAACAAAGCCAACUGCAAGAACAGUUAAAAAUGCAGUAUGAAUGCUCAUCUCCUCCUUGUGCUGUAUAUGACAUUGAAAACCAUAUCAAGAGUCUGGAAAAUCAACUCAAGCAACAGUCGGAAGAAUUCUCAAAUUCUCUGGCUAGCAUCAAGGUACUUGAAACCCAAAUCAGCAAAUUAGAGGAGGAACUGGAGAAACAAGCCCAAGGAUUUGAAGCUGAUCUAGAUGCUCUUACACGUGACAAAGUUGAGCAGGAGGAAUUGUCGAAUCAACUCAAGAAACAGUCAGAAGAAUUCUCAAAUUCUCUGGAGACCAUCAAGGUACUUGAAACCCAAAUCAGCAGAUUAGAGGAUGAACUGGAGAAACAAGCACAAGGAUUUGAAGCUGAUCUAGAUGCUCUGACACGUGACAAAGUUGAGCAGGAGCAACGAGCCAUCCUAGCAGAGGAAGCUUUGCGAAAGACCAGACUUCAAAAUGUUAAUACUGCUGAGAGGCUUCAAGAAGAAUUUAGAAGGCUUUCAAUGCAAAUGGCCUCUACAUUUGAUGCAAAUGAGAAGGCUAACAUGAGGGCACUGACAGAAGCAAGUGAACUUCGUGCGCAGAAAAGGCUACUAGAAGAAAUGCUGCAUGAAGUCAAAGAAGAGCUUCAGUCAGUUAAAGCUGAUUCUGAGGUAAAAUUGAAUGAACUUUCCAACCAAAUAGAUUUGAUGACAGUUCAGAUACAACAGAUGUUGUUGGAAAUUGAGGACAAGUCCAACCAGCUUGAAAAUCACAAGAAGCAUGAGGAACAAGUUAGUAGAGAUUUCUCUGAUGAGAUCCAGAUGCUAAAAGCUGAGAAUGAAAGGCUUAAAGCAGAGAUUUCAUGCUUUUCUGAGCAAGUUGAACAAAAAGAAGUCUUAAGAACUGACUUGGAACUUAUGAAGAAAUUGCUUGAGGAAUAUGAGACUCUGUCACAGAGAAGAACGGUGGAAAGAAAUGAGCUGGUGACUACAAUUGCUUUAUUGAAGAAGGAAGCAGAACGUUCUUAUGAUGAGCUUAAUAGGAUCAUGCAUAUCAAGGAUGAAAAAGCGACAGCGGAGAGACUCUUGCAUUCAGAGUUAGAGGCACUUAGAGCUCAAUGUACUGAUUUGAAACAUUCUCUUAUUGAGGAUGAGACUGAGAAAGAAAAAUUAAGAAAUCAAGUUUUCCAGCUAAAGGGUGAAAUAAAGAGCAAGGACGAUGCAUUAACCAACACUGAGAAGAGGUUCAAGGAUAGUAAUGGACGCACACAACUUUCUGAUGGAACUAAAGCCAUUCCGAAGAACAAAAAACCUGCUUCAAUUUCUCAGAAUUCAAAAGAAAUGACAAAUCUAAGGGAGAAUAUAAAAAUGCUUGAGGGCCUGAUAAAGUCAAAGGAAACUGUCUUGGAAACGUCAACAACUUCAUUUUUGGAGAAGGAAAGGGAACUCCAAUCUAAAAUUGAGGAACUGGAGCACAAAGUGGAGGAAUUCGAUCAGAGCAUUGCUUUGGAUAAGGUUGUUGAGGAGGGUAUCAGUGUUACUACAUCAGAUAGAAGUAAAGUUGAGCAUCUCAAAGAUACUACAUUUGUGUCUGAAGAAAACGAGGUUGCAGUGUCAUUAAUCAAGAGUAAUGGGUGUUUGACAGAGAAAGAAGCAGAAAGAUCCAUAAUGGACAAUAAUGGGGAUGACAGCCUUUGUGACAUUUUAAAUGAAUUAUCAUCAUUGAAGGAAAGAAACAAGUCAAUGGAAACCGAACUGAAAGAGAUGCAAGGAAGAUACUCAGAAAUGAGUCUCAAAUUUGCAGAGGUAGAAGGUGAAAGACAAAAGCUUGUUAUGACUGUAAGAAACCUCAAGAAUACUCGGAAGGGCUAAUAACUUCUUGAUAGUUGGAGGCCUGCAGUGUGGUUUCGGCACUGGAAACAGAUUAAAAUGAAUAAAUUAAUGGUUGCGCUAGCAAGAUAUAUGCAUUUUCUUCCUUUAUCUUAGCCUUCUUUUUAGUUUUUAUCCCCUUCUAAACCUUAGAUGUGUGCCAUACAAGGGUACCAUUUUACAUAGUUAUCAAGGCAGUUUGUAAUGUUUUUAAGUGUUAAUUAGUUACCAAUAGUGCUCUCUCUCACUAUGAUUAUG